AUGUGGAGCCACACUGCACGUACUGUUAUUGGCAUCAUCGGGAAUGGGAUUUCAUUUACUCUGUUCCUGUCACCAGUACCAACCUUCCUCGAAAUAUAUAGGAAGAAAUCUGUACUGCAAUUCUCUCCCAUUCCAUACUUGACUGCACUGGCCAACUGCAUGCUGUGGCUCUUCUACGGACUACCGGUAGUGCAUCCCGACUCCAUCCUGGUCUCCACCAUUAAUGGCGCCGGGGUUUUGGUUGUCACUGUAUACCUUACAGUGUUCUUCUUCUAUUCGCCUGAGGAGAUUAGGAGGAUGAUGAUGAAGAUAUUGGCGGGGGAGUUGGUUUUCAUGGCCAUGGUGGUGACUUUGGUCCUCACGGCGGCGCGCACGCACGACGUGAGGUCUCUUGUUGUUGGCAUUCUCACUAUUAUCCUCUGCGUCUGCAUGUAUGCUUCGCCACUCUCCGUAAUGAAGCUUGUGAUCAAGACAAAGAGUGUGAAAUACAUGCCUUUCUGGCUUUCCUUCAUCUGCUUUCUUAAUAGCACGUGCUGGGCCUCGCAUUUAAAGGAGGAGGAGAGAUCUGCAAAUGGCUGA